AUGUCUCGAUCUGACCUUGAUUGCGGUUUUCCAGUUGCCGCUGCUGUUGCACUGACGUAUGAUUGGGUAUUUCCAGCCCUUACGUUCGGACAAGAGGUCGAACUGGUCUGGAGACAACGUUGGUCCUUGGUGACCGUUCUCUAUCUGAGUUUGCGCUAUCUUGGAUUUCCUGAACAUAGUGUUAAGUGUUCCGACGAUUUUAUUGACAGAUGCAGUGAGUCUUCUGCACCGAUGCCUGCUAUUCCCAUUCAAUUAACCGCGACACCCUGUAGGGAUGUGAGCCGGAUUCUGGCCCUCGUGUUUGCUUGGACGACAUUUGUGGCAUUUCUAAUGCCGGGUGUCAUCAUGAUCACUCGGUUAUAUGCCAUGUAUCAACGAUCCAGAAACAUCCUGAUAUUUCUCGUCGUCGUGUGCUCGGCUAACGACAUUUUCAGCGUAGUGGUCACUGUAAUGGCAACGAGGCACGUUUCAGGGGAGGAACUCAUUCUCUCUGGCACCUAUGCGUGCACAACUACUGAUGCAGUGGACAAUUCCCAACUUCUGAAUUUUCUGAAUUCCAUUACUUGGAUACUUGGCACUAUCUGGGAGGUCCUCGCGCUGUGUUUCUUAGUCUGGAUUGCUGUAAAACACUUCCGUGAACUGCGACAAGAAUCUGCAGGAGGGUUUAUUGGCGACUGUUUCAAGGUGUUGAUAAAAUCCCAUGUGCUUUACUUUGCGAGUUUUAUUCCUGUGUCUUGCUUCAGCCUCUUGGUUGAUUUUUAUCCAGCGAUCUUAGCGGACCAAUUUUCCCUGGAAACUCAGAUUUUGCUUGGUUUUCUUCAGAUUGUAACUGUCAUACUGGCCUUUGUGCUCGGACCACGCCUCAUCCUUAGCGUCCGAGAAUAUCACGCUCGGCUCGUGGCUGACUCUGAUGCAGCAACCGGCAUGACCUCAAUCGCUUUCCAGGAUCGCGUGCAUAUAUCGACUGGCAGCGGCGUAUAG